AUGAAAGCAAAAAGCAAAGAAGAGACGACAAACACAAGAACAAAACUCAACAGUCUGUUUUCCUUGUCAGCUUUGCUGUUGUCUGUUAUGUGUUGUAUUGCACUUUUUCACGUGGAACUCAAAAUUCAAGAACAUCAUCGACUGAUAUCGCAGUCAGCAACAUUCUGUGGCCAGAUGGAGAAGGAAAUCCUUCAGAAGGUACAACAGAAUUACAAAAGAUGGCAAACAAAUAAAGGCAGGAACUCAGACGGUGCUUGGCACGAGACCCAAGCUAAAGUGAAUCAGUUUCGAACUCCGGGGGGAGGACUCCCUUAUCUAGACUACUCACUACUGAACGCGCUGUGAGAUCUUGAAUGGGGGAUUUUUUUCAUCUGUAUUGCACGUGUUUUUUAGUUGGGUGCCAAGAAAUGAAAAAUGUAAAAGCUGAACUUCUAAUUAAAAAACGUUUCAAUGCAUGGCACAAAAACCUGUUCUAAAUUGACGAAAGCUUCACCAUCGCCCCUUGUCUCGUCAACGUACCUAUCCGAUCAGGGAUCGAACUAACCAAUAGAUUAGUUAACGAUGAUACAAGUGUCUCAAUAUGACUGGUAUCGCGUCUGGCAGUACAGCUCAUAAAUAGGAAAUAUUCAGUGAUAUAAAAAAUGCGUGUUAGUCUGUAUUUCAUUAACCUAGUUGAAAACAAUCGUGGAAAGAUCCAUCGUUUCUUCUUAAAAAAUGGCUGCUUGCCAAAGUUAGGUUUAACAUUUUGUCCUCCUUGACAGGCAUAUUAGUUGACACCGCGCCAAGAUUAAGAUGAUUUCCGGGUAAUUAAAAUAUGGCCUGUCAGUUCCAUUCUUAAAGGGGCUAUGUCAGCUGGAGAGCAUGCGCUCUGAGGUUAUGCAAAUUACUUCCAACUGUCAAAAUUCUAUUGGUUUUUAACCGCGUGACUUUCUCCAUGUGCGCUCUGAGGUUAUACAAAUUACUUCCAACUGUCAAAAUUCUAUUGUUUUUUAACGCGUGACUUUCUCCAUGUUCUCUGUCACGUCCAAGGCUCCGAAUUUAGAGAGGUUAACAAGCGAAAUGGGUUUAGAUAAGGAAUAUUUCGAUAGAAUUUACGAAACGUUUCUUCUCUGGUUAUGCUAGAUCAAGAAUAAAAUUGUGACGACAAUUUUACUUGUAGUUUUGGAGUAAAAACGCAUGCCAUUCAUAAAAUAGUGCGCAAACAAAAAUUCAACACAACAUAUUGUCUUAUUCAACAAAAUAAAUCGAAGUUGUAUUUUACAAACGAGCUACAAAAGACGCUAGACCGAAGAUAAAGGCCAAGACUGUUUCAAAUCAUUAACAAUUAGACUUGUCUGUCGCUAGUGAUUUUAUAAUUUAGAUGCUGAUAGAACAAGUCGGACAUCAAGUCUUUGUUUUGAUCUUAGGGAAACAUAUAUUAUCGCGCAAAAUUGUUCGAUCGUGCCGAAUCACUGCGACGUCGAGAAAAACAGAACCAAGCAUCAUUGGUAUACUACUCCACUAUAAGCAGUCCGUUGAUAAAAAGGGAAAGUAAACUCUGCUAUUUUCCAAAAAUAUGCUCGAACACAAACAGUUCAAAAACAUGGCAUUUACAGGAUCUAACUCGUACUAAGGUGCCUCUCUAAGUCCGUUGAGAACAAUCUGAACGAGCAAACGGUCGUGUUUAUCUUUGCCGUGAAUCCAGAUAAAUACAAGAAGGAAUCUAGCCGAAUUUUAUAAUGUUUCCUUCGCCAGGAGUUUAGUUUGGUCACGAAACUCAUGGCCUGAUGCUCUUGUAAUCGUUUACCAAAAACGGCCGCCGCCAACUCGAUAGCCGCUUCAUUAUAUGUCCACAUACUUUGAGCACAAGAAAAAUCCAAGAGCCAGCAACCUCUAAAAUAACUCAAUAGAAAGGUUCUGUGAACUAUAGGGAAGAUUCCAUCAAAGAUUCCAUCACUCAUUGUGGAGUAGCCGUCAUUAACUCUGCCAUUACAACGGCCGCUGAUAAGAGGACACAGUAAAUCCACGUAAAAACAUUCCACAGGCAAACAAUUUCAAAAUAACGCCAAAAAAUUAUUCUGUAAUCACCAUAGAACGAUUCUUAAUACAAAACUUCGCUAACUAUCGAACGAUGGCUGAGAUUUAGACAGAUAAAAACAGCCUUCCAAAAUCUCCGACAGAACUUGAAAAAGAUGGGCCGACUUUUUCAAGUUUGUUUUCAUUGGCUCGAGCAUGCGUGUGGGGUGACAUAGCCCCUGUCUGACAUUGGACUAACUGUGCAAGCCCCACAAUAAUAUUUUUUUUAAUUCUUUAAAUCUUAUAAAUAACGGACGGGGGACAUAAAAGUUUAUUUUUGUUGGGAGGGGGAGGGGGGAAAGUAGGGUGAUACCUCCUCCAAUUCUUUCCUUAUUUACUCCGGCCAGGAAUAUGGGUUCCUGCUCCUGCCAAGGGAUUUCUUUUCCGUGACAUGCUUUCAAGGGUUCGAGAUCUAGAGUGCUAACAAGACUGUGAAUUAUUGAAAAGGAGUAUCUAUACAUUUGUGUUUUCAAGGUGUUCAUGAGAACAUCUCAAGACAGAAGCGUUCGUCACCAACUAAUUCGCUGCAAAAGUCAGUCCAAACGGCCGCUGAUGUAAAACUGCUGAUCAAGGAAGAACUUCGACUGCUGCAGAAACAAGUCUGUGCUAAAGACGAAACGCUCUGCUGA